CGCACUGGGGUCAUUGCAAAUGGCGGAUUCUGUUAUUGUUCCAUGGCGCACAUCACGGGGAUAAAAUUAUGCUCGAAAAAAUAUCUCAAGCAGAUAUGGAGGAAGGGGAAGGCCAGGACCUAGCCACCACAGUAUUGACCUGUGAGGGGGACCUGCGCGACCCCGGAUUCCCGGGGCGUCUCCGGAGCCUCGUGCUGCGCCUCAGGGAACUCAUCUCCGAUGAGGAGCAGCCGUUGUGGGUGAAAAAGGUGGAGCCGUGGAACAGCGUGCGGGUGACAUUCACGCUCCCCCGUGAUGCGGCGUUGCGGCUGCGGCAGCUGGCCCAGCGUGGCGACCGGGCACUCCGCGAGCUGGGCAUCCUCUCAGUCCAGGUCGAGGGUGACCAGAUCAUCAGCCUUACGCUUGCCGGACGUUAUGGGGAGCCACCGAAGGAAAUCAUCAUCCAGAAAGCGGCGGAAGAGGGGGAGCAGGGUUCACCGGCGUCCCCGCACGUGUCUGGAGUGCCAUCAUCCCCAGCUCUCGCUGCAGCAGCAUCCAGUCGCGCAGGCUCUUCCACCUCCAUGCCUGCAGAGCCUCCCUCCAUCCAGGCUAGGAGUCCUGCCUUUGCAGCGGCAGCAGCCACUUCGACCAGCGGCAGCGGCAGUGCCUUUCGCUCUCCCAACGUAGUUGCCCCGCCUCCGCGGGAACCACUGCCGUUUCUGUCGAGUGGCUCGUCGCGACUGGUACGCCCCAGCACCAAGACACGCCCGCCGUUCCCCUUUGCAAGCAUGACGCACUCGAUGAAGCAGAACAGCGCAGCAGCGGCGGCUGCUACGACGACGAGUGGGAGCAGGUUUCCGUUUUCACCUUCACCUCCCCUGGCCGCUGCGCUCGGGGCGGCACAACGGCUCGGCAAUGCGACGCGUGGCAAUGUGGCACUGUCUAGUCCGCUGCUGGUGAACCUCCUCCAGAGCGAGACGGGGUCUGGUGGUCCGCAGAAGACGAUGAUGCCUCCGCCUUUAGACACAGGCCAACCCACGAAACGGAAGCGCAGGCCCCCCAAAGGGAGCCGGGGCAAAGAAGGUUGUUCCCCACCCGGUUCGCCAUCAUCACCGCCCCCCACAAGCCCGAGUUGCGAUGCCAUCAACAUUCUCAGCGGCCGUGGCUUCCCCCUGUCCUCCCACAUUCCUGCGUCACCACCCCGCAUGGCACCGCCCACGGCAACGGUAUCUGUGGCCCCUCCUUCGCCCCCUGCUGCGGCUGAGAGCCGCACAACCACUCACCUUAUCAACCCUUUCACUGGCCACCUGGAACCCAUGCCUUCCGACGAAGAGGACGACGAACCGGUGGUUCGGGAUCUUGAGACCUCGGAGUCUUCUGAGAACGGAGGCCACUCGGAGCGCAGCCUCUCCGAUGGAAGCACUGGUGGCAAGGAUCCGGGCAACCCUUCUUCGGACACGGACUCUGGCAUUGGGAAGUCGUCGUCAUCGCAGUCCUCCAACGAUCCUGAGCCGCCGCCGCGUGAGGAGGUGUCUCGCGUGUCUGUGCCGCCCACCGAAGGCGAGAAGCUCAAGCUACGGCUAAAACUCGACUCGAAGAGGAGCUGCCCUGUGAAGCCAGAAGUUGAAGCAUCGCCACCGCCUUCGCCGCAGGGCGAACCCCCUCGGGUUCCGCCGCUGCAUAUAUCUUUGCGGGGGCCGAACGUGGCGGUGGUGGUGAGCCCGAGGAAACCGGAGGCAGCCCCCAAGAAGCGCUCGCCUCGAUCCCCUCGGUCAAGCAACAGCGCGGAAGGCAGCGGGGGUGGUGACGCUCGGAGGGGCUGUCGUGGCGCCAGGGCUCGGGGAGACAAGGCAGCCGAGCGGAUGCGGGAGCUUAGCUUGCUGUCGGGUGGCGGCAUUGUGCGAGUGCCUGUGUCCAUGUCGCCAACGGUGGUGUUGACACCACUGCAACUGCAACACCCGCUGGGCGCCGGUGGCACCCGAAGGACUCUACCAUCGCCUUCUUCUUCUUCCUCUUCGCCCUCUUCCUCAUCGCCUUCAUCCGCCUCUUCUUCCUCCUGCGCACAGAGUACAAAACCCCACUGGUCUGCCACCUCACUGGGGCCAGAGGCAGACUCUUCCGUUAGCGAUGGUUCCAGCCCGCUGCGAGACCGUCCCGAUCUACCUCACGCCCUGCGGUCUGCGGACCAUGACACCGGCGCUGCCACACCUGCAACGAUGAUGACAACAACCGUGGCAGUGCCGCCACGUCAGGCCGGCAACGGCGAGCCUGCUGCAAACAGUGCCUUGGGAGCCCUCGAGUGCCACACAACGCCGCACCGGACAGCUUUGAGGCCCGGAAGUGUGCCGACGCCCGAGACCAACGGUGUGCUGCAUACUGACGAGGAAGAGCAGCGGUCGCCCAGCCCGUGCCGCGCUUCCCCUUCUUCCCUGGCCAAGACGACAACGGCGGCGACGACGAGUGCAAUAGAGAAGAAGCCCCUCGCCAACUGCCUCGAGGGGCCCACCACCAACCACGUAGGCUCAACAAAGGGCGACGGGGUCGACGAGCUCCGUGAAAUGGCCGAACGAAGGCUGUCCCCGACGCCCAUGGCCCGGAUCAUCUCAUUGGACGCCGUCGCAGCCAAGAAGGCUGCGUUCGGGGGUCCCGUCUUUGAGGUGUCGGACGUGGACGUGCCCGCAGCACUCAAGCUGGGUGGCCUGGUAGGCGGGAAUCACCGGAUGCCCCUGCUGAUACCGACAGGUGGCGGCGGCGGUGGAGCGUCAUUUCGUGGCGAUAUGGUGCUUCGCCAAGAGUACGCCACCGCUCACCACCAGCACCACCACCACUUUCACUGCACCACAGCCAAUUCCGUCCUCAAGCCAGGCAUUGUGCGCAUGAACCGGCUCAGGUUCGGAGCGGGCUUUGCUGCUGCUACUGCCGCUGUUGCUGCCGCAGCCGCAGGAACAACGCAAGCGAGGGUGGAGACGACGGCGAGUGUAGCCGUGAAGACCAACGGCAUCGCGUCGUCGCCACUGCAGAACGAGUGCGACUCAACAAUAGACGCGGAGUCGAGCCUAGACUCGGAUGACCUCGUCUCUAACGGGCCAUCAUCGACAACUUCAGUGUCCCUAGUGGCAGCGUCAUCGCUGUCGGCAAGUGCAACAUCACAGACGCUAUCAGCGGCAAGUGCAAUUGUGUCCAGGUCGGACGGGUUUUCGGAACUGCCAAUGUCUCGUGGCAUGUGCGACUCGGCGACCAAUGGGAGUGCGGAUUUUGUUGCAGCAGUCAGCAGUGACAAUGGUGUGACGACAACAGGGAGGGCUGAGGAGAAUGGGGAUGGUGUGUCGCCGGACUCGAACCACGAGCUGCUACCACGUGACCCUUUAGGCCCCAGCGACACAGAUGGUGACAAGAGUGGCGAUGACGAGGAGGCGAGCUCAGCCCUGUCAGAGGAGAGAGGGAGCUCCAUCUCGCCACCGAGCGAAGACCCCUGCAGCAACAUUCCGCCAGACCGGCCGUCGUCGGCACCGUUGCCACCUGCCGCGCCCUCACCCCUUCCUCCCCCACCGUCGUCCUCCCCAGAAACCACCGCGGUGGUGGUGGCCUCUAGUCAGUCGAUGGCCACCCCGUCCGAGGCGGCAGCGCCCUCCUCGCUCUCGGCGGGGGCUCUGGUGGCGAGCUCUAUUUCCUCCUCCUCCUCUAUGCCUUCCUCCUCUUGCUCCUCCCCCACGACGUGGGAUUCCACACGACCAACGACGGCCGAUGCGGCAGAGGCGAUGCCAAGGAUGCAGCCCUCACCCUCCCAUCCUGCCGGCGGUGUGGCAGAGGUGCCUUCAAGCACGUUGCAGGUUCCUGGGGGCCAAAUGAUCUCGCCUUCCAUGUGGAGCACAGCGGGCAGCAGUGGCACCAGCAGUGAUCCACAGCAGCGGCUCACGUUCAUCUUCAAGGGCAACUUGACAGCAGCAACGACAGCCUCCUCAUCAUCCCCAACCAGCUGCCAUCCUGUCCUGGCCCUUCCAGCUGGUCCCGGCAGCAUACCCAAGACGGUUCCCAUCAAGCUUCUGGCACUACCAUCAGGCACUUCCGGGCUUGCCCUCAAGUCGUCCCUGGCCGAGCUGAUUUCUUCUCCAGGCCAGCCAGGGUGGCUCGCGGUCAUCUGUAGCCAGCGGAUCUGUGUCGCCGCCGAUUCGACUGGUCGUCUCAAGAUGCCACCGACGCUCAAGGGUGCCAGCCUUAGCAGCCCAGCUGCCACAGGUGGCACUGCCAGGGCAACGCCGCCACCUGCUGCUCCGCCGUUGUCAACUUCAUCCCCAUCUCUGGUGAACAUGGUCAUGAAGUCGGUGAUGGCCACGGCAAGUGCGACGACAGUGGUAGCACGCUCACCCCUGACGACCAGCGCUGAGGCAUCCCCCAGUUCGGUGCUGUCUAGUACAGCGUCGUUCGAGCCGUCUGUGAAUGUGCCUGCACUGAUGCUGCCGCAGGAGCGGCAGCCAGUUGUGAGUGGUGCCUGUGAAGUGCCAGGGGAAGCGCCCGUCGAACCAGACUCUCGGGAGGCAGCAACGUGUGCAAUGGCGGCAACGCCUUCUGUGGUUGUGACCGAGGCAGACACGCGCGGAGCCGCGGUGUCUGCCGAGGUAAUGGUGGUGGUCUCUGAGGCAGGUAGCAAAGGGGAGUGUGGUGGUGCGGAGAAGAGCCAGUUGUCGGCGGGCGCGGAGCGACUCUUGUCGCCAGCGUUGUUGCCGGGGGAUUGUACAGACAUGGCAGAGGACAGCGGCAGCGAGCUGGCGGUGCUGAGCCCCACGGUGAUUGCGAACCACAUUGGGUCGCCCCAGCUCCCAGAUUCCCUGUCGACCCUGUUGGACAUGGCGAUAGACCCUCCCGACGACGACGACGAGAGUGAGUCAGCGAGCCACCGGGCUUCACCGGUGCCUGUGUCACUUCUGCUCACGAACCACAAGGACUCCGAAGAGGAGCCAGUGCCGGAACACGAAGCCGACUUAGAAUUGCUCCGGACAUGUCCCGAGGCUUCUGUAUGUGCUCCCGGUGAUGAACUGGGGGAUGACGGCCGGCUUCGGAAUCAGAGGCGACGGGCAGCACAAGUGCCAUCUCCCGCCGCGGUCGAGGAAGGAGACUCUGAUCACUCGAGCGAGGAGGAGAUGUCUCUGAGUGAGCUCGCGCACAAGUCUCGGGUGCGGCCGCCUCGGCCACAGCGGCAGGGAAAGGAGAACGAGGCGCUCGCGACGGCGGCAGCUGCAGCAGCGGACUCCCCAGCCCCGACGACGCGGCGUGAAGACGGCGGUCCCGGUCGGCCGCGACGGUUGACAGCAGCGGGGAGCGGCGAGCCCAAGGCUGCCCGCUCCAGGCUGGGACAGCAGCAAGCAAUGGCGAGCCAGCAGUCGCAGGCAUUGUCGAGCCCGUCGCCAAUGGCUGCGGUGGCGUCUCUUCCUGCGGAGGAAGCAUUGAGGAGAAACGCCGACCGGUCGAGGCGGUCUCCAGCCACGAUGCCAGCGGGCCGAGACCACCGGUCUCCUCCCCGACUGCCAAACCAGCGCAACUUCCGACGGGACUCUGAAGUCAGGGAUGACGAUGCUGUGGUUGUCAUGAAGAGAAAAACCCGGGCGUCGGGACCCUCCACAGACCCCCAGCAGGAGGCGGCAGCCCCAAACAAGCGGCGGCGCUACUCCAAAGACAGCCAUAGGUAGCAACCACCCACGGGGCCUUAGGAAUGCAAAAGAACACACCACCAUGUACACACGUGAUCGCGCGUUACACACACAUACACCGAACCCAAAAGAGGACACUGCUGUUGCCGUGUGCUACUACUGCUACUAUUGUGCUACCUGCUCUGUACCACUACUACUAUUACAACUACUACUACCGCUGCUGCCGCUUCUUUGCGUCCGCGGCGGCAUCCUCGCAUAUUUUCCAUCGGGGAGCCGUGCAAAAGAGGUUGCGCCUCGCUCGUUAUAUUCGCUCUUAGUCCUUCCGUUUUCUUUUUUUCUUUUCUUUGCCCCCCCCCCCUUCCUCCCAGUUUCUCUGCUCCUUGCUGACAAUGGUCUCCUGCUUUUAAGUGACCGUUCAGCAAGCAUGUCCGGUCCAGGAAGGCUGUUCUCUCGUAGAAUGUUUAGGUCAAGCGUGCAACUUUUGCUGCCGACAAGCCGUCGCCAGGCAGCGCUAGCGGUGACGGAUAGCCGCCGUUUUCUUGCCCAAGCCAAGCGGAAGCAAAUAGCAUAGAGGCAGCGCCAGAUCCUCCUUUCAUGGCAGUCUAACUUGCCAUAUUUUUGUAGCAACACAACAUAUUCCUACUGGGCACGGCUCUCUCUCGGCAGAACCAGAGCUUUGCCGCGGGCCCACCUGCUUAGGAAAGAAUGCGUGGUUUGUGAUUUCAUAGCCCAGCUCGUCUAAGCCUCGGAGCUUGCAAAUUGCAAAAUUUUGUAUAUGCACAGCUGAAACUAUCUGCCCCCUGUGUUCUUGUUGUUGUUGCACUGCACGUUGCUGUGUGCACUCGCGGUUGUUGACUUAGCCUCGAGCAUGGUCGUUGUGAUGCUUGUGUUGGGUAGAAAACGUUCUUGGGGAAUGGAAGAAUCCGCCAGAUAAAUGCAUCGUGACGCUGACAUUUGUCAUUAAGUGCAUCACCGAUAAGUGGACAAGGCAUUUUGAGAACUCUUUCUCUGUAAAUUUGUUAUAACAUAGCACUUUCAGAGAUAAUAUGCAUCUUUAGAAUUUUAGGCUACUUCCUUUUUUUUUUUUCUUCAUUGUCUUGCUCAGUCAUUACUGUGACUUUGGGCUGCUUGUUCUUUUUAUAUAUAUGUAUACGUACAAGCAUUACCUAUGGAGGAUGGAUGGCUUGCAGCUGUGCAUAUGACCAUAGUAACUGUUGCCAGCUACUGGCUUCUGUAAAAUGAACUCCCAUCCCUUUAUAUAAUUAGGCUCUAGCUUUUGUGCACAGCAGUUAUGCAUUUUAUUGCACUCUAUGCCCAAGUUAGAGAAAUUGGCUUCUAGGCCUUUAUUUAUGAUAAAAGUUCUUACGUUAAAUCUGUUGGUAAGAGAAGGUACCAGCCACUCGUGGCGUUUGACAUUUUGUUAGCGAAGGCAGCAGGUCAAUGGCCAAACAACUCUUACUGACUAAAAGCUUUGAAUUAUGACCCUGCUUUUUAAAACAAACCAUUUAAAGGCUCCCUGCACUCACCGCUCCGCUCCAACUUCUCUUGGCUUUGCGGCAAGAAAGGGGUGGGCUUCCGUAUUUGGGGAGAGGAAGUCUUACAUCAGCACAGUCACAAGUGUGUGGCCAGAUAGCGUAGCAAAGAAAAGUAUGCAAAAAGAUACAAGGGGCAGAUUCAAGUUGAGGCAGCAGCUGGUGACCUGGAAAGCAAAUAUACUCUGUCUCUGUAAUAUCCACAGUGGCAGGACAGUUAUCUUUUGUGGCCACCAGAUGAAAGCCAAUGUGCAACAGAGCCACAUUGGCAGUUUGUGAUAUGUUACAUAGCUAUACAUGUGAUGGGCUUGAGUCACCUUGCAAACUCGUGACACUAUGUGGCCUUGCACGUGACAGCCACAGAGUAAUCUUGAUAUCUUGUGAUAUUAUUUGGUCGUGCUGGAGAACAAUUUCUUCUUUUAAUGUGACACUAUUUAGCCAUGCCAGAUGACAACCAGCAUGCAGCCUUGGCAGUUCGUGACAUUACAUGGCCAUACAUGUGACGCUAUCUGAACGUGCAUGUGAUGACCAUAGGAGUCACUUUGUAAACUUUUACAUUAUGUUGCUAUGCACUUGACGGCCACCAACUAAACAUAGGGUACCUUGCGACAUUAUUUGACCUUACUGGAGAACAAUUUCUCCUCCUAAUACUACAUUAUCUGGCUGUGCACGUGCCUGCCACGGAGUCACCUUCCAGAGUUUGUGAAGCAAUUUGGGCCCACAUGUGACGGUCACCAAGUCAUAUUUGGAUCAUGUGCCUAUGCCUGGCCAUGCUGCAGAACAGCUUCUGCUCUUAAAUGGGAUAUUAUCUGGUUGUGCCAGUGACUCGCAUUGAGUCACCUUGGGCAAUUAGUGACGCUAUUUGGGCCCGCGUGUUACGGUCUUCGAGUCACCUUUGGACCGUCACCUGGCUGUGCUGAAGAGCAGAGUUUCUCAACAUUCUUUGCUCGGUAUACAGAGGGUGAGAGUCUGCGGACGUCCCUUACUGAUAGGUAGUGAAGUAACUUGGGCUUUCUUGAACUCUGUCGUGGGCAAAUGACGGUUGGUGAGAUAUUAGUGACCAAGGAGCGGAUCCUCUAAUGACUGUGACAGUGCUUAGGCCGGUCGCGAUGCAAUGCUUCAUUUUAUUCUCUGUGACAUUUUCCUACCUCCCCCCCCCCCCCCUUCUAUUCUUUUCUCCCAUCCUAGUGAGAUAUCUGUGAAACAUACACAUACACACACAAAAAAAGAGAGGUAGGGAAAAAAAUUAUACAUAGACGAAACUGGAUGAUGUACUAUAUCUGUGUACAGAAAUGUGAAUGACACUAAAGAAAGGUAGGCAAGUGUUAUCUCUCUGCAUAUAAUAGUUUUUUGUCUACCUUGUACUUUUUUUUUCCUCUCUCGUCAUUCGCAUUUAUUUUCUUGUUAGUCUCUUUCACCAUUGUGUUUGUUGCAUAGGUGCGUGUGUGUGGAUAAAAAAGAAAGGGCGUAGAGUGUUUUUCUUUUUUUAGUCUCUACACGCUUUUUGCUGCCAUUGCAUUGUAAAUAUGUCAUGCCAUAUAAAAACAUGUGGCGCAUUAUUGUACAGAGAGUGCAGAAACUUGCGUUGUUCUUUUUUUUUUUUUUUUUUUCCUUUUUUCGUUUUUUGCCAUCAUCGCCGAGGCAACGGAACCACAGGGGAAAGCAGCAAAUAUGACAUGGUUCCCAUAUGCCGACAACCGGACCAUUUCCGGGUUCAGUUCUCCCUCUGUGACACAGAUGUUUCGUGUUUUUCUUUUCUCUGCAAACCUGCUUACAUUAUAUUUUUCCUGCCCCCUUGUACAUCAUUGUUAAGUCAUACAUCCAAUUUGUUCCCUCUUGUGCGCCCCCAAGAGAAACAGAGCUUUGACGCGGAUUUUCAUCAAACAACCAUGCACGCACGCGCCUGGCAUGAGUUUGUGUUACUGUAAAUAGAGAGAGAAAGACCCAGUGUUUAUGUUGUUAGUUUCUGUGUAUUUCUGACUCCCCUUCCAUUAUUCCUUGCUGUUGCUGAGUCGAAGAUUUGCUACUACUUUAUAUGAUUUUUUUUUCCCCCUCCGUUUUUUUCUUGGCAGGUCUUCACACCCGUCCCCUUCCUAACUUUCUUUUCCUGUUUGUCUACUCUUAUCGUCAUAGUCAUCACGUCCCACCACCUCCAUCCAUCGUUCACACUUGCUCUCGUUUUUACAAGAAAAGUCAUAUUUCACGCUCCCAGAAAAUUCAUGGAAUUAUUAUUUUUUUUUUUACUAAACACUGAAAGAGUCGAGUCAGGGCAUCGAAAUAAUGGUUUUCGUGCCGAGGGAAAAGAAAAAAAAAAAAAAAGACAAGGCAUUUUGAUUGAGGUUGUGUGGCAGGCAAACUCUGGGUCUCGCGAGGCCCCAGCAGGGAAGCAGUGGCCGGAUUUGAGGUAUCUGUCACGGUAUUGGUUGGGAGGAAUAGCCAGCAGUAUGUGUGUGCUUUCUGAAGCUGUUUGGCACUCGCGAUUAAUUCACUCUGCAUCUCAGCUUCCCCACGUCGAUUUCAAAUCACUCAUUUGUCUUUUUUUUUUUUUUUUUUGUCUGUUGUUGACGGUCGAUGCUAUUUAAUGGUAUUGUGUUGCACAAAGAACAAAUUCACGAACGCUUGUGGCGCUUAGCUAUAGUUACCCUUUCCCCCCCCCCCCUCUCAACACCAAGUGCAGGCAGUGAUAUUGCCGGUGACAGCCUAAAAAAGCACCACCGUCCAACUCAAUAAGAGAACUUGUGUUGAUGGGCCACUCAAUGGACGAUAUGCAGAAUUCCUUGAGCAGCCUUUCUCGAACCCCUGACGGCCCAAACCAAAAUGCUCACCUUGGUGUCAUAGGAUAUUGACAGCUUGUGUUUGGGCCUGGAUAAUUUUUCAGCGGUGAAGAUGAACUACGUAGUGUUCUAAAAGAGCAAGAGACGGAAUGUGGCAAGUUUGAAGGAGCUUGACUGGCCCACAAUGGCACAAAUGCGAAAAAAAAUACUUUGAAGGCCGUGAUGUCACCCUGACAUAGCGGAGCUUGGGCUUCAGCAUGAAAUUUUAAAAAAUCUGGACCUCUGAUUUUAAUUUUUUCUCCUGAUAAUCAACCUCCUUCUGCAAGAUUUAACCAAUAUAGCUUUUCAACGAUGCUUUAUUAGUUUAAACUGAUUUAGUGUUUCUCUUAAGCGCCCCGUUUUAAAGCCGAGACAUACUUUGAAAGCUUGGGAUAGUGCUGGGAUUGGUGGGCGGGAGGAAUGAUGUCGCCAGUUUGCACGUUGACACCUCAAUUACGAUUCUAGCCCACGGUCCACCAUACUGGUUAGGUCCAACUAGGUGUGUGGAAAGAGUGCGCUUGCUGGUUUUGCAUAUCGUCCUAUUACAUUCACUCAUUUCCUCGAUGUCAUGGUGAAAGCAAACGUCGAUCACUAUCGGAGUCUCUUGGCAGCUGUGUUGUGGUGCGCGGAGGGAAGAUGCAAAGUGGGUACCGAAUUGAAUUGAAGCUUGUACCAAAUUUUUGGUUAUUGCUGACUGUAGUUAACUUUAAGUUAUUACAUUAUUUUCAAAGUAAGUGACCAUUCUCAAGUCGCCCAGCAGCAAGAAAGAACCAUCGUUGAGGCAAGCCUCGAGUGAUUAGCUCGAGAGGUACUAUGUCUUUGGAUGAAGCUGCAAACGAAACCUUUCCCGAUUGGAACUUUGUUUUUGGCACUAAUGAGGUUGCUUCCUGUUCAGCUUUGGUUAGACUUCAAUAGAAACUUCAAAUUCAGUUUGUUUCUCCUAGCGGCUGCUAAAUUGUUAAAUAAAUUCUGACGCACGUGUCGAAGCCCUUAAAACUCGUUUCGGUCAUUCACAUGAAACGAAAAGACAAAAAAAAUGAGUUUGCAAUUGAAGUAACCAAGCAUUCGAUUUGCUGCACCAAGCGUCUAUUAGGUUUCUCAACAUCAAAAACAGGGAGGUAGUUAAGCAGGUGAAAGGGUUGCAGUAUGCAAUGGGGAGUACUCAGGGCCCAGGCGGAAGUAGUUAGGAGACUAGCAGUUGUCGUAAGCUAGUUACUUGCAUCGCAACAAAGAGAAAAAUGCCCCGAGUUUGUGCUCACUGAAAAGUAUCCCCUUUCCAUCCUGCAAGAGCGUGCCAAAGAAGUGCGCUCUCUGUAUAAACGUGCAGCUCUUGAGAACAAAAACGAAAAUAAGAUAACUACUCGGUGUGGUUGUUAGCCAAAGCCUUGGUGGGAGGGGUGUGGGUGGGAUAGUGCGAGGCACGAAACAAAAAGGGUGCAGAGUGAGAGAAGUAGAACCGUUGGCGCCUUUAGCUGUUGAUGCAUUUUUCCCGCUUUACCCACUCGCAUGGUCCCGCCUCGUCAUCUCUCUUGCAAAACCUCUUUCCUCCCCCUUUUUUUCUUCUUCUCUUCUUUAGCUGCACGUUGAGUUUCUUCUGAGGCUGCGUGCCGUGUACAUAGACACAAUUUCUUUUUUCUCCUUCCAUCACACCGCGCUCUCUGUCUCACUUUCUGGCUGCCCACUGUACAAAACCAUUUCCGGGCAAGAUUUUGUUUCUAUAGUUGCGAGAGCGGGUACCUCUGAGCAAGAUGAAAAGGCCUUAUGAUGAUGCAAAAGAGACAAAGAAGAUAAUAAAGCAUCACCUCCCGUUAGCAGUAGCAGGGCGAUGCUGCCUCGGUUUUCAGCACUGACCUCUUUAUAUUGCUUGCCCCCCACCCCCGAAAGCUGCUUAGCAGUGGUGAUCUUGAGGAAGUAACCCUGUAGACUUAUUUCGCUUUCUUUUUUUUUUUUUUUUUUUUUUUUUUAAACGUUGGGCUGUCCUGUACCAGUUUCCUGAAGAAAUUUCCAUGUAUUUGGUCCCGUAAGUCGACUUGUGUUGACUGUUUCGCAGUUUGCCGUCUCCCUUGUCAGCGGGCCUGCCGGUUAGUUUGUUUUAGACAGGUGGAGCAGCUCGCAUUCGCCAACAAAUGUAGAAACACACGGUUAGUGCACUGCCCAUCUCGUUUCCGGUGACAGUACUAAUAGAUCAAAAGCAUGCUCAAUUGGCCCAUGAGAGUGUGUACUGCUAACUACAGCAGGAUCUCCAUGAUACGGUUUAUAAGAUUAUCCAGGAGAACAACACCAUCAGAAUGUUGUUAUUGAGGAAUUUCCACUGUUCUCUUUCCUGGUGUAUAAAAUCUGGAACCUGUGCGAACCGUGAUUGUAUUAUAAUAGCAAGGUUCUGCUGUAGUUUCAUUCAAUCAGUCACUCAAUCUGAUUGUUGAUUGAUUGGCUACUUGUAUGUAGCCAUUUCUGAUUGGAAGGCUGAUAAAACGUACUUUUGCGAAAGCUUCAAAGCCGAUGACCUCUCAAUAUCCCAACACUAUAUUCUACGCUUUUGCUAGCUUUUUUUUUAUCUCCACAGUAGAGCGAGUGCAAGUUGCUCCGAUUCACAAGCGGGCCUAAGGCAUCACAAGUGCAACCCACCACAGGGCAGUGUAACACUGGGGCAUCACCGGUAUAAGACAGGUUCAUCAAGCAGGGCUCAAGCGUGAACGGCUUUUCUUCCUUGGCUCCCUUUUGCCACCUCCCCAUUCCUGCCCAUAUAUUUUCAUGGAACUACUGCUCGUUUGUUCUUAUCUUCUCCUCAGCUAUAUAUUUGUUGUUGUUGCAUCAUGUUUUUCCACUUUUUUUUUUUUUCCUUCAGAAUCUUGUAACUGCCUUGUGAAUAUAUUUGUACAUUUGCUGCAACAUCUCUGUAUAGAAGAAAAAAAAAAGAACCACAGACACUAUGCCUGCAGAUUGUAAUGAAGAAAAAAACUUUUUAUGGUUUGUUGUGAGUUUUCAUACCGGUAUUAAAAACUGUCACUUGAAC